ACCAAAUCAUACCAUUCAAUUCCAUUCAACCACCACAACACUCACACUCUCCAACCCUCAUCCUUGCAACUUCCUCUCACAGUGGUCUCUCUUAAGAGACCUCUGUUGGAAGCUGUUGCCUUGCUUCCUUCAAGCUAGCUAAGUAAGCAGCUCUUUAUAUUGCACACCUCAGCACCUUCUAUUGCCAUGACCAACAACGACAACAUCAACAAUGUCAACAACAAGCUCCAAGGCCAAAGCCUGCUAUAUUCUUCUUCUUCCUCUGUGAGGAGAGAAGAAGAUACGAUCAUGCAGAAGCAGGGCAUCAUCACCAUUUUGGACUCAAACACAGACACAAUUUCUUCUGCUUCUUCUCUGCGAAGAACUCUCUCGGCAGACAUGUCCUCAAAGAAUUGGCUCUCUCAAACCAUUGCUCCUUCCGAAGAACUCGUGCAUGCCAAAACCAUUGCUCACUCGGAAGAUGAUGAGAGCAAUAACAAGGAGCUUGACGAUGAAGCUGAAAGAGAGAGGCUCGAGAUUUGGAGUUCCAUCCAACGGAACAAGAAGGAGGAGCAAGAGAAAUCAGGGUCAUUUGAUACGUGGAACUCAAUCAUAUCCCUGAAAGGAAAAGAUGAAAUCUCGAAAUCUCUUCCUGCGUCACCUUAUGUUCAUCCUCUUGUGAAAAGGUCCAAGAGUUGUUUGAGUGAGAAGAGCCUCCAAAUCUGCACAGAGAGUCUCGGAUCCGAGACCGGCUCUGAUGGGUUGGUCUCUUCUUACUCUUCUUCUGAGACAGGGAAUACAGAGGAAGAAGAGAAAGUUGUAGAACCAACAAUCCAAGAAGAAGAAGAAGAAGAAGAUUUGAACAAUUAUGCUUCAGUGGUGGCUACAAAGAAGGCUUCAUCACCAACACGUGCUUUCCCUCCUCCACUCCCUUCACUCUCUCAUCAACAAGCUGGUCCUUCACUUCACAUGCGUUCACGCCGUGACAAUGGAAGGUUGGUUCUAGAAGCUGUUUCUGUCCCUUCUCACAACAAUUUCAGCAUUCAGCGUCAAGGUGGUCGCCUCGUCCUCUCUUUCUCCAAUCACCGAGAGGAGGAGGAGGAAGAAGAAGAGAAUAACGGUUGUCCGGAGCAAGAAUACUUAGAAGAGUUGGAGUCUGAGGAAGAAGAAUACUCUUUUGGGACGAAACCACGAGUAUCUUCCACUGGAUUCAAUUCCGGCUUCAUGGAAUAUGAGAGUGUAAUGGAGAAAGGACCCUUAUUGUCUUGUGGGGUGACAAGUAAUGUUCAAGGGUUGGCUUUGAUGAUGAAUAAUAAGAACAAGACAAUCGGGGCUGUAAACAAGAAUCCAAAGUGGUCGGAGAAGUUCAGUGAGAUGACCAAUUUUAAUGAUGUUAAUGUGACACAAUCGCUGCCUCCGAUGCCAAGGGUGGCAAGGUUGAUUCCAUCAGCACCAGCGGUGGCUGCAGCUGCAGCUUCUUUCAAUUUCAAUGCUUAUGAGUACUAUUGGAGAACCAACUCUGCUCCAUCGAAAAGUACGAGUGUUAAACUUAACCCACUUGACCAAAACAAAAAACAUCAUCAGAACCAUCAAGAGAACAUGAAGAGCAAGGUUGUUGUCUCCAGGGACAUGAACAAGAUGGUUCCAAGGGAGCAACAACAGGUGUUGGUUCUAAGAGGGAAGAAUGGUGAUUACUUGGUUCACAAUCUGAAGAGUUGCAAGGAUUCUAGAAGGUCGUUUAUGUUCUGGGAACCCUAUUGCAUUGCCACCUCUUGAGUCCGUGACAAACAUUGAUCCAGAAUCCAUUGCUCAAAACACUAAUUAUUGCUUCAUCAUCCUUUUAUCUACCUGGUUCCAGUCUUGGCGGGAGCUAGUUUAGUGUAGUCAGAUAAAGGAAAAAGGAUUGGGAGAAAGGGAUAGCGAGAGAGGGAAAGGAGAAGAUACUUUAUUUGUGUUGUAAGAUAAGAGAAAUGACUUUAACAGUGUUGUCAUAUAUAAUACUAUUUAUCAGUCUGUAUUUGCUAUUGGCUAAUCGUUCAAUACAUACACAAAGUAAUCUUAAUUAGUUUA